CAAUCGUGGAUACUUCUUCGAAAUUGACAAGUGGUGCAAAUCUGGAGGCGAAGGAUUCAAGGAUGGUUGUCGAUGAGGAAAUCGACAUUGCUAGACAUCGGUUUCCAUACUGCAUAGUCUGGACUCCUCUUCCAGUUCUCACAUGGAUUUUCCCAUUAAUUGGUCAUAUGGGAAUUGCUACAAGCAGAGGAAUCAUUCGUGACUUCUCUGGAAGCUACUGCGUCACGGAGGAUGACAUGGGCUUCGACUGGCCAACCAUGUAUUGGCGAUUAUCUGCGGAUGCUGUUGAAGGUGGAGCAGAAGCUUAUGACAGAGCUAUUCGGGAGGCAUCGGAUGAGUACAAAGGAAGAGUUCAUAAUAUUUGCUGUGACAACUGCCAUUCUCAUGUAGCCCUAGCUCUCAAUACAAUGCGAUACGGAGGGAGUGAUAGCUGGAAUAUGUUCAAGUUAGGAUUUUACGUGCAAAUCUAUGGAAAAUACACAGGUAUUGGAGACAAAAUGGUUCGUCUGACCGUGGAAUUGAUCGAUAAUGCGCCUCAGUUUAUCAACACUGUUCGGGAACGCGAGCUCAAUUUACGUGGUUACAAAAUACCGGUAAUUGAAAACAUGGGAGUUACGAAGGACCAGUUCGAUGUCAUCGACCUUACAGACAAUGACAUCAAGAGAUUGGAUAAUCUCCCAUUGCUGAAACGACUACAUACUCUCUAUUUGCACAACAACAGAGUACACUACAUUCAGCCUGACAUAGGCGAGAAGUUGCCGAAUUUGAAGAUUCUUGCUCUGACUAACAACAAUAUAACUGAAUUGGGUGACAUCGACCCACUAGCCAACUGCAAAAAAUUGGAAUACAUCACCUUCAUCGGGAAUCCCAUAACUCACAAAACAAACUACCGUGCUUACAUCAUCUACAAGUUGCCAUCAGUUCGGGUUAUCGACUUUAAGCGCAUAAGAUUAGCGGAACGUGAGGCUGCACGUAAGUUGUUCAAAGGCAAGAAAGGUCAGAAAGCUCGUGAUGCUAUCAAGCGUAGCACUACUGCUCCGAGUGAAACAGAAAAUGCAGAGUUACAAAGGGUCAACGGCGCCACUAUCACUGCUGAAGACCGAGCUAAAAUUCAGAGUGCUAUCGCAAGUGCUAGAUCACUGGCCGAAGUGGAAUAUCUUCAAUCAAUUCUGGCCAGUGGUCGUAUUCCGGAAAAAGGCUGGAACCGACAAAUGCUACUUCCCAAUGAUGGAAUGCCGAUGGCUAAUAAUGAUGGGAUGUUUGUUCCUGAAACUGAGUCGUCGGAAUACCCGCCUGCUCCGCACGACAGUCCAGUCGCGAUGGAUUACCAAGGAGCAUAUAAUCAGAAUGGCCACGAUCAUAUUGACGUAGGACAUCCACCAGCUCCAGUGAAUGGAAAUGAGAAUAACCAGGAUGGAGCAGUUAACAUGGAAACAGAUGGAACGCAAUGA